UUUUGGUUGUAGGGGCUCAGAGUAGGGAAGUGUCUCUCUGGUCUGAGAGGCAGGCCUAGUGUGAGUCACCCCAUCUUCCCGUCAAGGUGGUCAGCACAUCAAGCACACCAAGGGCAAGUGCAAUCAGAGAGGAUGGCAGGCGACCAACCCAAUCAGAACAGAGGCCUGCAAGAUGAGUGGACUUCAAGGCUCUUUGAGAAAAACCAAGGGUGACUCAUAGGAGGGAGAUGAAACCAAAACUUUCAGGUUGUCCCCUGUGACCAAACAGUCAGUCCAAAGUCAUCAGAAGGAAGAGGAAAACCUGAAACAGAGAGAGCUGGCCAGGGGCAGCCUGAAGACUCAUGCAAAUGAGACCCGCCCACCUCGGCCAGGAAACCGGGCCAGGAAAAGUCAGAGCACACGCUGCCAAGCUGCACUGAGGAAAGGAGAAGGCUCUGAGGGCACAGGACAUCUCCUGCCAGGCCUCCCGGCAUCUGGCCUGAGGAUGGCUGAGCAGCAGGGCCGGGAGCCCGAGUGCCCCGUCUGCUGGAACCCCUUCAACAACACAUUCCACACCCCGAAAGUGCUGGACUGCUGCCACUCCUUCUGCGUGGAAUGCCUGGCCCACCUCAGCCUGGUGACUCCAGCCCAGCGCCAGCUGCUGUGCCCACUCUGUCGCCAGCCCACUGUGCUGGCCUCCGGGCAGCCUGUCACUGACUUGCCCACCGAUACGGCCAUGCUCACCCUGCUCCGCCUGGAGCCCCACCACAUCAUCUUGGAAGGUCACCAGCUCUGUCUCAAGGACCAGCCCAAGAGUCGCUACUUCCUGCGCCAGCCCCGGGUCUACACGCUGGACCUAGGUCCCCAGCUCGGGAGCCAGACUGAGGCCCCGCAGGCCACGGCCCCUACCACCACGCCCCUGCCCGUCCCCCUCUCCAGCCACUACUCUCUGAGGGAGUGUCUCCACAACCCCCAGUUCCGCAUCUUUGCCUACCUGAUGGCUGUCAUCCUCAGCGUCACUCUGUUGCUCAUCUUCUCCAUCUUUUGGACCAAGCAGUUCCUUUGGAGUGUGGGGUGAGCAUCCGUUCCUGACAAGGAACCAAGCCUCUCCCAGUGGCUGCUGGUUACGGGGACAGCAGAGCCGCGUGUGUGGGUGUCUUCCCGUGUAGUGUUGUUUAUUUGUACAAUCCACGGACCAGUUAGACCAUGUGCUUGCUUCUGGGAACAGCGUCCUACUAUGUGAGCACCUCUGAAAGCUGAAGGGCUGGGGAAGGGUGUGAGACCACCCCCGGGUGGGAGCCAUGGGGGUCUGUGGGAGGGGGACAACUGCUGUCCCUAGAAACCUUUCCAGCCCAGAGAGCAAGCUGCACGUCUCACUGGAGCUGCUUUGAACUUGUUCACUUUUUUUUUUUUUUUUUAAACUGAGUUGUUGUUCUUGUUGGGUUGCUAAAAAAUUGGGAAAAUGAACUUCAAUUCUGUGAGAAAAUGUGUCUCCUCCUGGCAGUUUUCUCUUUAUCUUGCCACCAGUCCCAGUAAAAAUGGUCUGUAUUUACUCAUUUAUUCAUCUACUCAACAGGACUAGGGCAAGAGAAGGGUGGGACUAUGGGGGGUGUGCCGGAGAGCCCUACCAGCAGGGAGGGUGUGCUCACUCAGGUGCUUCUGGUGCAACCUCGUGGGUAUGAGGUUUAUGGAGUGUUAGGAGUCUGAAAGUUUAAAGGUGGAAAGCAGGCAGGGUCAGUGGAUCAAAGGAAAUCUGGGAUUUGGA